UUCAAAUUCAAAUUAUCUUUCAUUUUAGACCCCCCAAAUUUCACCAUUUUUGGUAUCCCAAUUUCUGUCUGUCUCGUGGCGCUACUAUCGAAUUCUGAACAAAAUGGAUGGGCAUGAUGGAGAUAAUUCAAAGCAAAGCACUGCUGAUAUGACUGUGUUUGUCCAGAAUCUUCUUCAGCAAAUGCAAACCAGAUUUCAGACAAUGUCUGAAUCAAUCAUCUCGAAAAUUGACGAGAUGGGAAACCGGAUUGAUGAACUUGAACAAAGCAUCAACGAUUUGAGAGCUGAAAUGGGUCAAGAUGGUGCUCCAUCGCCUUCAGCGUCUUUGAAACCAAGAGAGGAACCCAAGACACCGGAUGAUAGUGCAUAAGCAAGUGAUGAUACUUCACGUUUGUUUUGGAGCCAGUUGGCUAUGUUUGUUACAAUUGUUUAGCUUUGAAGGUCUUGUCUCAUUUUGUCUACUAUGACAUUUGGUUUGUAAUGUGAUACAUAUAGUGUGUACAUGGCUUCUUGGGUUGAAAGAUAUUGACUUGUGUUGGUCAUUGUUGAGGUUAUCGAAAUAUGCUAUUACCAUUGGAUUCAUUUUAGACAGUAUAAUUUAUACAUUUUCGUCAACUA